AUGCUGCGCGAGUGCUUCGAGGUUAUCGUGGAGUCAACUUUUGGGCAGGAGUCUAUUCUCAAAUGGAUUUUUAAGCGCAUUUUAAACAGGUUAUAUCUGAAAGUUUGCACAGAUUUGAAAAAGGUUUUCGAAAGAAAUAAAUGUUCUUACGCUCUAAAAGAGCAGAAUGAGUCAAUCAUUGCUCCUUUUUCUUCGAGGAUUUCGGAACUCUCUUCAGCGUCUGGUCUAUACUGGCAAGAUGACGACUACAGGGACUGCGGGUUAACUGAAGCUAGAUCUUUGAAAGGAAAUUGUGGAACUUGUUCCUCAACUAAGGAGGUUGAUCGCGAAGCUACUUCUCAAUACACGUCUUUUAAUUCAACAAGUCUCGGAGGCAGUGCACUAGCGGAAGGCGUAGAAGGAAGUAUUUUUUGGUUGGAAGAUACCUAUGGCCUCCAUGAACACGAGCGUUUAGUGGAGGCGGUACUUGCUCGUAGUGAUGACGACUUUCUGCUUCAUGAAGAAGAACUACUUAAAAAUCCUGGAAUUGCUGUUUCUCCAACGCUUCUUGAUGAUGCUUUAGAAAGGAAGAUGUUAAUUGAAGCAGAAAAGCUCUUUUCAAGCUCGAGGUGCUUUUCAGAAAAUAAUUCUGAGAACUUAAUGGUGCUUUCGCCAACGCUUAACGAAAGGGAUGUAGUUUUCUCUUCGCUGUACCGUAGUUCAGCUUGUGAAGGUCAUGUGCUGCUGAACUUCAGGGCGUUUCUAAUUCCAACAAUGCAGUAUUACCAAGCCGAUGUAGAAGUAGCUGUCGGCGGAGCUUUUUUUGUAGUACUCCUGCAAGAAAAAGUUAAAGCCGUGAAGUUAAUUUUUUGA